AUGGCAAAAACUCUUAGCCCCAACGACCGACUCGUCUUAUCCCGCGUUUUUGAAUCACAUCCCGCGGGAUCCUUGUCCAAGUCCCUCGUUGAUCCCGAGCUACCAACAGCGACUAGAACCAAUCUUUCUCCCACUGUCCUCGAAAAAUUGCAGUCUCAUGAACAUUCUAUCAUUACUACAUGUGGCGGCUCAUUCGUUUCCGAGGAGUCACUCAAGCAAGCCAUUGAUCAAUUGACCGUUCUGAUUCGUUCGCAUCCAACAUAUUCCAGUGCAUACAAUAAUCGCGCUCAGGUAUUACGUCUGUUAUACGGAAAUAACCUGUACAGCGAGGAGGUAAAGACCACCACGCUAUGGAGCGACCUCUGCACUGCUAUCAGACUAGAAUUACCCGAACAACCAAAUAAAAAGGUUUGUGACUUCCAAGCGAGGGUUUUGAGAUCUGGCUUUGCGCAAAGGGGUUACAUGACGUGGAAAGCAGCAAAACGUGCGAAGAAUGGAUCAGAAAAUGCGAGCUACCUACCAGAAGAAUUGAAAGUGUUGACACAAAGUGAGAUGGAAGAAAGAGCGAGGGCCGAUUUCGAGCUGGCUGGUAGAUAUGGUGACCAGGAAGCUAUGAAGAUGGCCGUGAGUGCGAAUCCAUACGCAAGGUUAUGUGGAAAUAUUGUUCAAGAGGCUAUGAAAGUGGAAAUUGAGAAGAUGAGGGGGGCUACAGAGUGGGUUACGAAGGAGAAAGCUCAUUGA